CUCUCUUAUAUAUACCCCUAACCCUCACCAGUAUCUGCAUCCAUCCUCAAGAAAUCAAGAAACAAAAUUCAGAAAAAAGAAGAAGAAAGAAGCCCUUUCUUCCUCUCUUUUAGUCACUCAAUUUUCCGUAGUAUUCUUUUGCAUGGCAGUGAGGUUAUUGUCACAUGAGUUGUCUGACUUGUGUCUUGGCAAGCCAGCGCUGAGGUCACUUUCUGUAACAUCCACCAUUGCUGAGGCUCUUGAGGUCUUGAAAACCUCGGAUGAUAACUUCGUUAGUGUGUGGAGUUGCGAUCAUAAGGCUAAAACCAGUUCAGGGUUUGAGUCGGCUGCUGGUUUUUGCGACAAUUAUGAUGAUGAUGAUUGUAGAUGUGUAGGCAAAGUUUGUAUGGUGGAUGUGAUUUGUUAUCUUUGCAAAGAUGAAAACUUGGUGUCACCUUCUGUUGCUUUGAAGGAACCUGUUUCAGUGCUUUUACCUAAGAUUCCUGGCCUUGUUUUGCAUGUGGAACCGUCUUGCAGCUUGUUAGAAGCAAUAGAUCUUAUACUUGAAGGAGCUCAAAACCUUGUGGUGCCAAUCAAAACCAAGCUCAGCAACAAGAGAAAACAGCACCAGAAGCCAUCACCGACGGUCACUGUCCACAAAGGCCGUGAAUUCUGCUGGUUAACUCAAGAAGAUGUGAUUAGAUUCCUACUCAGCUCAAUUGGCCUCUUUUCACCUGUCCCUGCUUUCUCCAUCGACACUCUUGGCAUCAUCAGCUCUGAAAUCCUCACCAUUGAGUACCACUCCCCUGCUUCUGCAGCCAUAGGAGCCAUUUCUCGAACCCUUGUGGACCAAACUUCAGUGGCUGUGGUUGACAGUGAAGGCUGUUUGAUUGGAGAAAUUUCUCCCUUCACCUUGGCCUGCUGCGACGAGACGGUGGCAGCAGCCGUCAAGACCUUGUCCUCCGGGGAUCUAAUGGCCUACAUCGACUGCGGAGGUCCACCGGAAGACCUUGUUCGGGUCGUUUCAUCAAGGUUGAAGGAGAGAAACUUGAAUGGAAUGCUUGAACAUUUCAGUAUGUCAAUGUCAUAUGGUGGAUUCUCAUCAUCGUCAUCUGAUGAAGAAUCCAUGGCAGCCUCACCAUUGCCAAGAUCCGGAAGAUAUAGUAGGUCAAUGAGUUAUUCAGCCAGGAUGGUGAGAAGAGCUGAGGCAAUUGUGUGCCAUCCCAAGAGUUCAUUAGUUGCAGUGAUGAUCCAAGCCAUUUCUCAUAGAGUUAACUAUGUUUGGGUUAUAGAAGAUGAUUGUAGUUUGGUCGGAAUUGUCACAUUUUCUGACAUGUUAAAAGUUUUCAGGGAACAUUUGGAAACCAUAGCUUAACAAAAAAUGAUGAGAAAAGCUUUUGUUUAAAA